AUGGAAGAAGAGGAAGAUAUUAUAGCAUCAUCUGCUAAUACCAAUAACCUUGCACUUGUUGUUCCUAAUUAUGGUUCAGACAUAUCUUCAACUGUUAAUCAAAGACUCCCUCAAAAUUCUACAGUUAAUCAUAUGAGGCCAGUGAUCCAGCAAUACUUGAAUUCUACUAAUCCAGCUGCGAUGGGUGAGAAAACAGUCAUGGUAUUGACUUCAAAAGUUGCACAAAAAUCUUACGGUACUGAAAAAAGAUUCCUGUGCCCUCCACCUACAACAUUGAUUUUGGGAUCAAACUGGUGGUCCCCACACAAUAUUGGUCAUUCACAAUCAUCCACGACAUAUAGUCCACCGAAGAUCUCUGUGGGCAUUUCUGGAGAACAAGGACACCAACAAGGAAUUCUUGAGUGUAUUAGUUCAUCUGGCAAUCCUCUUGAUCCUAAUGCGUGUACUGAAAUGGCAUUUAGCGGCAAAUGUGUUUCUAAACACUUAUAUAUUAAUGAUGCUGAUGAAAAACGAAAAAGAGUUGAAGUUCUGGUGAAUAUUCAGAGUCCUAUGGGUCAUGAUUUUGGGACUUUUGCGAGUAAACCGAUUAAGUGUGCAUCCAUCACGGAACCACAAUUUCAUUAUUCAAUCGUAUUCGUUCCCAAACAUAAUGGUCACAUGCAAUCGAGCCAAAACGAACAACCCCACCCUUGCUUUGUUGCUCGUACUGGAAGCUGGGAUCCUUUCAUAAUUUGGAUUGUUGAUCCUCGUUAUGUCAAGGGUAAAGAUGAUCAUCCCCCCCAGCAACCUACAAACCCAAAUUUCCCUCGCCCACCACCUGCUGCCAUAAAAUCAAAUAAUGGGAAUCCUAUACCAAUUCAUUAUAACCAACCUAUAGUCUUACAAUGUUUGACAACUGGAAUGACAAGUCCAACUAUGAUUAUUCGUAAAGUUGAUAAAGGUAGUAUGGUUAUCGGCGGUG